CCUCACCCUUGCCGACCUCAUUCACACCCACGCUGCUACUAGUAGCUAGACUAGUGGAUACGAUAGCCUCAGAAGACACCUGCUCGUCACAAGCCAACUUUACCAUGUCGUCCACCGAAGAGCCCAAUCGCAAGAAGCCAAAGCUGUCGCCUGACUUUGUCGAAGACGGCUCGAGCCAAGCGGAAGAACGGCACCCGAAGGAAGGAUUCCGCCGAGACCAUCCACACGCCUCCAGCUGAAAAUUCCAACAAGGCAUCCAGUACUGAUCCAUCCGUCCGGACAAGUACAAGAGCGCCCUCCUGGAUUGCAAGGAUGCCCUUGCACAAAUGGAACAAGCUGGCGACCAUCAACGGGCGGAGCAAUGCCGCAAGGAAAUGGCAGCGGAGAUGACCGAGCAUGUGAUUUCUCCAGCUCAAUUCUUUCGCUAUAAUCUCCCCGAACGCUUUGAGCGAGAAAGCGACUAUAAUGAGCUGAACCAGCAGUUGGAAGAAAUGGAUCACGCAGUCAAGAAAACACACGAGGAACGAAACGCCAGACGCAAGGAGGCCUUCUCGGUGCUUCUGAACCAAAAGGAGCUUUGGAUUGAAGACAUCUUUUCCUUCUUGGGAAUGGGACACUAUGCUUUUGUGGCUCCUGUCAGCAAACGCAUCAGUCGGACCUUCUACUCUGCGGCGUUCCACAAUCUGGCAUGUGCAGAAAUUUGGAAGAGAGACAACGCAGAAGACAAAACCCCACUGUCACCUGAGGUUUGUAGAGCCGUUGCCGGGGCUGGAAGUAUCGCUGUUCUUCAAUGGGCUCUUGCGAAUGGAUUCUCAUUGGGGGGCGACUCGAAUCGCUGGAUCUGUACUGCUGCUGCCCAACACGGGCAUUUGCAUGUUCUAAAAUGGUUGCAUGAAGAAAAGGGAUGCCCUUUGAAUGAAUAUGUAUGGAAAUUUGCUGCUCGAGGUGGACAGCUUGCAGUAUUGAAAUGGCUGCAUUCGAAGAAGCAAGAGGAUCAGCGAUGGAUCGAUAUUUGGUGCGCUGAUGAGGCCCAGGCAGGGGGUCACGAUAAAGUGAUUCGGUGGUUACGUGACAUCAAGGAUGCCCCAUAGUAACUGGAUGGUUGUCGAUUUGGGGUUAACCUGGCCCAUGUGCCAGUGCCGGUGUCGGGUUCACGAGGUUUCUAGAAUAUACCAACACAGAAGUCAUCAAUUGAGUAGUAAAAGACUAAAACAUCCACCCGUAGAAACCCAG